AUGCAGGCACGGCUAGGCGAGCACAAGGUGGAGAGCGAGCGGAUGCUGCAGAAUGAGAAGCGCCGUGCCCAGGAAGAGCUCGACAACACCAGGGGCAAGAUGGAGUUCAUCAAGGCCGAGCUGGGAGUCUCCAGGGCAGAGGAGGCCACGACGGCACAGGAAGUGGUGCGGCUGCAGUGCACAGUUCAUCACGCGGAUGCUGAGAUGAAUUUCAUGCGCGGCCAGAUCGACGGGCUGCAGCACCAGCUCAUUGAGAACAACAAUCAGCUGGGAUCCCUGCAGGCGGGGAUUCUGGGCUACCAGCGCGUGGUGGCGGAGCUGCAUGCUGCGCUGGCGCCAUCCCACGAAAACUUGCAGAGCUUGCACGUACAGCUCCAGGAUCUGCAAGUGCUGCACCAGCAGAGCGAGGCGAAGCUCAUUGACAGGAAUUGGCAGCUGGAAUCUCUGCAGGCAGAGAUUCAGUGGUAUGAACGUGUGGUGGUGGAGCUGCACGCCGAGUUGGCGCCCUACCGCGACAACAGCCAGAGCGCACACUCAGAGCAGCAGCGUCUGCAGAGCGAGGUGGAGCUUCCUACGGUUGAGGAAGAGGACAUCUCAAUCUGCUCACUGGAGCCCGGCGUUCAAGAAGCCUCCCAAGACCUGCCCCCCAAGGCCUCCAACACCCUCCGCGCCUCUCACAUUGACUAACACACACAUAUCGACUGACACACACACAUAUCGACUUACAAAUACACAUCGACUCACACACAUGCAUGGACCUAAACACACAUGGACUUACACACACACACAUCGAUGCACACACACACACAUUGGACUUACACACACACACCGACUCACACACACACAUGGACUUACACACACAAUUUUAUACGGACUUAUACACACACAUAUCGACUAAGACACACACACGUGGACUAUACACACACAUGGACCCCCGCACACACAUCGACUGACACACAGACUGACACACACACAUCGACUCACACACACACUGCCCUACACACACAUACACAUGGACUCACACACACAGACAUCGACUUUAGAUACACACAAAGACAAAGAUCCCCCGUAUAGCCUUAACAGACUGUAGGGGCAAGUGCUGUUAGCGAGCACCUAUAAAGGCCGGAACGGCACACGAGGGGGUGGGUGGCCAUCACCACGCCCGACCACCUUUGUCUCCCCAGUGGCGAUGUUUAUGCACCACACCAGGUACUCAUUUCAGGCUGAGUCGACCUAGGGGAGGCCCAGGACUGGUUCAGAUAAUCGUCACUGGUGUUGGCCGUGAGCGGGAAUCGAACGCGGGUCGCCAGAUUCAUAGCGCAGCGAG